AGAGCUUCGUGAUCCUGGAGCGGAGCAACCAGCACUGGUGGCUGGCGUCCAAGAGCAGCACCGGGGAGGUGGGCUAUAUCCCCGCAUCCUACAUCCACAAGGACGAGGAAGCUUUGCAGCUGCAAUGGGGAAAAGACUGCUGAAGCAUAUGAGAAUCGACAAAUGUAUUCGUUGACAAGAUGAGCCACUUUGGAGGAACUCAGCAAGGCUGUGGAAGGACCAGCUGGUUGUGAUGUGCAGUUGUGACGCUAAAAGGGUGCAAGUUAAGUUUUGAAAGUUUGGAUGGACAUACAAUGCAUCGCUCUAUUUUAGAAUUGUUUCACCGUAACACUACAAGAUCACAUGAGAAUGCUGUGGGGGAUUGUGCUAAUGGUCAUGAAAUUGAUGAAGAUGAAGACAAAGACAAAAGUGGUGAUAAUUAUGCAAGUUGUUUUGAUGAUGAAAUGAAGGAAAGUUCUGACUUCGAUUAUGGAACAAUGAAAAAGUGUAAAGGAAGUAACUGUGGGCUCAAAUCAUGGAUUCAAAUGGACCCACGGCUCUUUUGUUUUCUAUAUGACGAGCAGCAGAACAAGUGCUAUUGCAAAGUUUGUGUUGAUAAUAGCAUUACUGACACAGAGUGGACAAGUGGUAGGUCUCCGCCACAAGGUGGGUGGAAAAAAGAUUACUUACUUCGUCACCUGGCCAGUAGAGAACACCUUCAAGCACUGUCGGUCCCAAUAAGUGCAGCCAACUGGGAGAAGGCACUACUUACUGAUGCUCUGAAUAGUGACACAAAAGAGGAUGUUGUCCACCUCCUCAGAAAUGUUCUGUGGUUAAUCAAGGAACAGUUACCCAUUUCCAAAGCUAAAAGCCUACACAGGUUAAUAGAAAGCCAUGGUGUGUCAUUGGGUAGACGCCACAGAAGUAAAAAUUACAGCUGGCAGUUUGUUGCAGCUCUUAAUGAACCUGUUGAGGCAGAAAACUUAAUGGCAUUAAAACAAGCAAGGGUUCAUUCUCUGAUUGUUGAUGAAAGUUCAGAUAUUGCCACUGAAAAGCACCUGAUGAUGUACACAAAAUUUCUUGCAAAGACUGAGCUGCAAGUGAAAUUUAUAAAGCUGCUUUAUCUGGAUGGUAAAUCUGAUGCUGUAUCCUUGUACAAAUCUAUAAAGAAGUUCUAUGUUGAGCACCAAAUCUGCCUCCAGUCUAUGGCCAUGAUAACUACAAAUGGUUCAGCUAUUAUGAUGGGAUCGAAAGGAGGUCUUCAUGUCAAGCUCAAGGUAGAUAUUCCAUGGCUGCUUGGACAACAUUUUGUGGUACAUUCUGAGGCUUUGGCUAUUAAGGAUUCAUACAAUGAAAUUACACUUUUUCAAGAAAUAGAUGGUUGUUUCAAAGCUAUCUAUUCAUAUAUUUCCAGAUCCACAGUUAAACAUAGCGGUUUGGAAGAGGUCUUCCAUGUCUUGGAGACGAGCACCAUCAAACUGGCAAAGGCUUGUCAUUUCAAAUGGAUAAAUCGGGGCCGGGCAAUCCAAGCAAUUUGCAAAUCCUACCAAACUCUCAUAAUAUACUUUUCUGACAUGAGUUACAGUGACCAUGACAUCACAGCAGAAAGCAUCCUCCUUAAACUCCAACAGCCUCGCAUUCUACUUGCCAUUUUCUUCUUGAGAGAUCUCCUCCACCACUUGGACAAUCUAUCACUAUUUUUUCAGGAACGAUUUCUAAACCCAGUUAGAAUACCUGAAAGGGUUCAAUCCACAAUUAAUCUCCUUGAGUGCAAGUACCUUGGAAACAAUAUCUUAUGGGAGAGCAGUUUUUUGUUGGGAAUCCAGUUACUGGAAAGUGGUGCUCUUUCUCGACUUCCUCUGGCAAGAAAGCCACAUGGACCAAUACUUCACAAGACAGCAGCUAAAGCUACCGAUGAGAUAGCUGACUCUGUUAAAACUUUGGUGAGGAAUAUUGUUGACAGUUUGAAGGAGAGGUUCCCUGAUAAUGCAAUCAUCAGAGCUUUUCGGAUCCUAGAUCCAGAUAGGAUUCCGUCUGACCCUGAGAAACUGGCUCAGUAUGGAAAUAGUGAAGCAGCAGCUCUACAAAACCAUUUCUCAGAUCUCCUUUCCAGUGAUGGAAAAGAUUUAGUUGCUGAGUGGGAUCAGAUGAAAUACCUCAUUGCAUCCAGAAAAGGAGAGAGUCUGGAUGAAGUUUGCAUUGACCUAGCACACUCGGACAUGUGGAGAAAAGAAUAUCCAAAUUUCUCAAUCCUAUCAGAGGUUUGUAUGGUGAUGUCAGCAUCAACCAGUGAACCCGAUAGGGGAUUUACAUCUGUGAACUUGAUAAAAAAUAAAUACAGGAAUUUGCUUACUUCAGACCAACUUGAUCAGUUGCUCAGACUGUGCUUGGAGAAGCCUGAAGAUGCGCAGGAUUACUUGGAUGCAGCCUACGCUGCAUGGCUGCAAGCUGAACAAUGGAGGCUUCUUCUCAAAGAAUGGAGAAGAGGGGAAGAAUCAAAAACUGAAUCUGAUUCAACUGAAUCUGAUCUGGAUCCCUUGUCUGAUUCAGAAUAAAAGUUAUUGCUGCUGACUAGUGUCUGGGGACAUGCAUGACAAAGGGAAAAAUCCAAUUUCUUUGUUAACUUGUGAUUCUCUGUUGGUGCUAUGUUGUUUGUAAUUGUAUUACAAAGAAAUGUACAUUUGCCUUACAUUACAUUACAUUUUUGCCUUACAUUACAUUACAUUGCCUAAAAUAAAAGGCAUCUCCCAGUAUUCUGUAUACUGUUCCUUUAUUGCCGAUUGAUAAUCCAACACAACAUGCUUCUAUAUCAUAGCAUGUCUAUCAUACAAUAAAAGAAUUGAUAAUUUUUAUAGAUGAGUUUAAAUACAGCUGGGUUAUCAUGACUCAAUAGCAUUUGGUACAUUUUUAAGAAAUAAACUUUUGACACCCGCUAGUUUCUUAGAUCUUUUAACAGUCAUUGACUGUCCAAAAUUGGAUGUAAUAUGUUCAAGGUGAAAUGCAGCUGCUGCUGUAUGUGCGAUUGUUGCAGUGAUGCUUGGGUAUAAGGAUAGACAGGAAGAAGCUGUUUGAAGAAUUGCAUUCUUAAAUCUCCUUGGGAGCUUGGGUUUUAAUAAUACUUUGAGAUGUUCAUGGGUUUCAAAGUCAUAAACAACUCCUGGAUCCCAUUCUUCCUAAAAUUAUAUUGCAAAGUACUGGGAAUGAUGUCAAAAAAGUGAAAUUUAAAAGACUUCAUAUUGGAUUAUUCCAUUGAGUGAUAUUUUAAAAUGUGGCAUUAACUUUGAUUUUAAGAAAUAUGAAAGACUUGUAUUUGGUAUUUUUUUUGAUAAGGCAGCUGUAUACUACUUCAGGGAGUUCUAGAGCUCCGCUUCCUGUAUGCAAUGCAGAAAAGUGGAGUUAGGGCUUUUAUCUGAGCUGUCAAUGCCAUUGGCAUCGGCAACGUUUUUUUAAAUGAAACACUUUUUACAAAAUAUUUCACUUUUAUGAAUGUUCAGGUUGUCUUGCGUGCAUCGAUCAAUAUGAAAAUAACAUCCCCUCGGAUACUUUGUUGUACAUGAUAUAUCUCAAAAAAAGAAAGUAAACAUCAAUCUAGAAUAGAGCUGGAGCUGUGUUUUAUUGUUGGCAGGUCACUGGGGUGCAUUUACUACCCUACCCUUCAGUGAUGUAAUCUGCUUAUCCUGCACAGCAAACUCUUCAUUGUUAACCAUUUCAGUUUCUAAGCUAGUUAUGCUUUUAUUUAAUUCAUGCUACUUGGCUAACCUGAAACUUCAGCAUUUAAGAUUAUGCAAAUAGUUCACAAUUCUUCAACACCCUUUCACUUUUCCCCCUGUGGAUUCCCUGUGGAUUUCACACUCUGGUACAUGUGAAAGCAGUUUAUAUAUGUGGUCUCAUUGUCGCAACCCUGAUGUGUUUGGUGCUGAGAAAAAUCACCAGAAUGCUGUGAGUUAUGAGUCCAGGUUAUGGUCAGCCACCUGACUCAUUGUGGACCACAUCCUUGAUGGAUCCAUUGAGAGUAGAUUUCUGAAUGUAAAGCAAAAAGGUUGCUUGGUUCUUCCAGCCUGUAUUGAAGCUUAGAAAUGCAUAAGGUUUACUUAUUGGAUGACAAAGAAUACUCUUGCAUGUUCGCACAUAGUAAAACAUUCCGUGCAGCAGUUCAGAAGUUAUGUUUUAGUCAUCCUCCCUUGACACCAACAAUUAAGUUUUGGAUAGGGAAACUGGUGGAUGUCCACAUAAGCAUGAUUAUGCCCUCCCAUGCUUUAAUAACAUUUAUUUUCCAUGAACUUUUUUAGUAAUCACCUUAUUUAAUGUUGCACUUGUGAAAUGGACUGAUGUUUGUUAUUGGAUAUUCCCAUUUCAUUUAAUUAUGAGUUCAAAUGUUCUUGAGCUGCUGCUUUGGCUUGCUUAAUAUAAUUGGUGUAGGGUGUUGGGUUUGGUAGUAAAUGUGUCCAUUGUCUUUCUGCUUAACUAAGCAAAUUUUAGUUUAUUGCAUAUAUUCAUUGUCACUUAAAAAAAAUAUACGGAUAGUCUUAACACUAGUUUGCCAAAAAUUUAUUGUACAAGAUUUCUAUGAAGUGCAUGCAUGAUCCAUUUGUAGCAUUUUUACCACAGGCCAUUAAUUCACUCACUGUGCAUUUUAAUAUUAAUCUCAACAACAUGCAUUCCCACUUUAAAUAACUUUUCUCAAGAAGGUGCUAACAUGCUUUUCAAUGAAUAACUAACAUGUUGUUGUGUUUAGGUGAAAAUUGGAAAUGGAUUGACAGUAUACAUUGUGCUGAGCACUGAAAAUGGAUAUAAUUGAGGAAAUAUUAUGCUUGGAACAAGAUGAUGCAUUUUAAAAAUUGUGCUUGGAAUUGGUGUUCUGUUUAUUUGGGAGAUGGAAAAUGAUUUGAUGCAUUUAGAAUUCUAUGCUUGGAUCAGAAUUAUACUUGGACCAGGUAUGUAGCUGUGCUUAACUGGAAUUGAAUGUAUUGUGUUUUGUACUGUAUACAGGCUGCUCUUGGUCUAAAGAAAAUAAAGGUGUU